ACAUUAAGUGGUUUAUUUGAUAAAAAAAUAAAUAAAUAUUUUUUUGCUUUAGUUAAUUACAAAAACAAAAUUAAAACAAAUCGAAAUGAUAAGUUUAAAUCAGUUUACUACUAGUAUAAUACUUGCCGCUUUAACUUUAGUUACAUGUGUAAUACGUGCCGAGUUUCUGUUUUCGGUGUUGCAUGAUAUUACAUCGCCCAAACAUUAUGGAGAUGGUGAUAUAGUGAUAAAUAUUAUAUUGGUUAUUAAUAUGGUUGUAUAUUUAAUAUUGGCCAUAUUUUGUUUGUUAUUAAUGUAUGCCAUAGUGCAGCAAAACCACCUUCUGAUGAUGCCCUGGUUAUUUGUGGCUCUACUGAGUGUUAUUUGCGAAGUGAUAUUUGUCAUUUAUAUUGUGGCAUCGGGUCAUAAGAAAGCGGUGUUAAUUUUACUAAUUGGAACUGCUCUCAGUCUUUGGAUUAUAUGGGUGAUAUUCUCAUUUUAUAAGAAACUACGUCAGGAAGCUCUUACUAAUAGAGAGGAAACUAUUCGUGGAUAUCGUUUUACAGCAGCUAAUACAGUGGAAGUGUAUUGAAAUGAUUAGAUUUUAACUGAUAAUUCGAAUAAAGUAUUAGAUUAUAAUUGAAACACAUAGAUAAAUAUAUUUUUUGUAAGCGA